AUGGAUUUAAAAUUGAGAGGUGGGCACCAGCACCAGAGGUGGGGUGAAUACACAGACCGUCCACUGAACACCGUUAACGUGCCCACCCUCAAGGCCCUAUAUGUAUAUGUUAUGAGAGUUAAUAAUUUUAUCCAAACAUCCACAGCUCUGGUCAGCAGCAUCAUAUUUCAUCAAAGUCUUCCUCAGAUUGUGAACGUGACCUCUAACGUGAGCCACGAUGACGGGACCCGCUUUGUGAUGCUCUGGUACCAGCAAAGACCAGGCAGUCAGUCUAUGACCCUCAUUGGGUUUGGAUAUGGCACAGGAGACCCGACCUACGAGGAUCAAGCCAACUGUGUGACAUUCCAGCAACCUCCAUCCAGGAUAGUCAACGUAGGCGAAAGAGUAGAAAUCCAAUGCAGCCACGAUGAUGACAGUUUAUACGUGAUGCUCUGGUACCAGCAAAGGGAUUAUGGAGCGAUGAGCUUAAUUGGAUAUAGCUAUGACACAAACAAACCCGACUAUGAGCCGGCGUUUCAGAAUCACAUCGAGAUUUUGAGAGAGACCAGAGUGAAAGGAGCUCUGAGCCUCCCCAAUGUCAAACUGUCACACUCAGCUGUGUAUUUCUGCGCUGCCAAAAAAAAAGAUCAUUUCCAGCUGUUGAUAGCACAAACAAUUUUUACUACACUGCAUAUCAGUGUGGCAAACUACAACCCUGCUUACUUUGGUACUGGCACCAAACUGACAGUUUUGGCACCAAAUAUAACAGUUAAGCCACCAAAGGUGAAAGUGUUUAAACCUUCAACAAAGGAGUGUCAAAAUGAAAAACACAAGAAAAACAAGAAGACCUUGCUGUGCGUGGCCUCUGAUUUCUAUCCGGACCAUGUGAAUGUGUCCUGGCAGAUUGAUGGGGUGGACGUCAACGAUGGCGUCGCCACCGAUCACUCUGCCCACUGGAAUGGUUCACGCUACCGCAUCACAAGCAGGCUGAGAGUCUUGUUUUCACAGUGGUUCAAACCAGGCAAGAAUUUCACCUGCACCGUCAGCUUCUUUGACGGGGAACAGACGGUUCGUUCUGUGGGCUCGGUCGCAGGCAUUCGAAAUCCAGGAGCUGCAGCAAUAAGAAACAAGUAUCUGAAGAUCACCCACAAUGCCAAGCUGUCAUAUCUGGUUUUGAUCAUCAAGAGCAGCAUCUACGGACUCUUUGUGAUCAUCCUGGUGUGGAAAUUUCAGGGGUUUUCAAGAAAACCGGAGAAAUGAGAGCUGAGCUGAACGACUGAGCUGCUUUCUGUGAAAACAAAAACAUUCACAGUAUCCUAAAGCUUUGCUUUCCAUUUGACUUUCUUCCAUUUAGUAUAUAAAUAAGUGGACAUCCUGUGCAGUUAUUGGUUAUUAUUCUGUUAGUUUGUGUAAGUGCUUUGUGCUCAGUUUGCUUCUUAAUAAAAGUACUCC